AUGGCCGAGUACGACCUCACCCAAAAGCUUAUCCCCCAGCUGGACCGCCACUUGGCUAUUCCGCUGGUCAACUACCAUGUCGAGUCGGAGAUCUUUCCCCCCGCGCAGGUGACCAAGGCCCAGUAUGACCUCGUCAAGGGUACGAACAUGGUCGACUAUGUCAAGCAGAUGUUUGACCAGGCUGAGAGCGAGGGUGUCCAAGUCGAGGCUCAGGACUUUGACAAGCUCCGCGAGACCGCCACGACCAAGUACACUGCGCUGCAGGCUGCGGCUCAGCCGAUCAUGCGUGUCAUCGAGGACCCCGAGGCGGUGGCCAAGCUCAAGGGUGGCGUGGACAAGGAGAAGAACCUCGACCUCCUGCGGUCAGAGUACAACAUCUCGCUCGAGCAGAUCAACGCGCUCUACCACUUUGGCCAGUACCAGUACUCGCUCGGCGCGUACGGUGACGCCGCCAACCUCCUUUACCACUUCCUCAUCUUCUCGCCUUCGGUCGAGCUGAACAUGUCGGCUCACUGGGGUAACCUCGCAUCCAACAUCCUCAACGGCGAGUGGAACGCUGCUCUCCAGGAGGUCAAGGACCUGCGUGACCUUAUCGACAACCCGCACACUCCGGCGCAGGCCAAGCCCCUCGCCCAGCUGCAGGCGCGCACCUGGCUCCUCCACUGGUCGCUCUUUGUCUUCUUCAACCUCGGUGAGGGCCAGGGCUGCCAGGGCCUCCUCGAGAUGUUCCUCUCGCCUGCCUACCUCAACACCAUCCAGACUUCGUGCCCCCACCUCCUCCGCUACCUCGUCGCUGCGGCCAUUAUCUCGCGCCGCGCCCCUAAGCCCGCCGGCACCCGCGCUAACCGCGACCACGUCAAGGACCUGGUCCGCAUUGUCCAGAUGGAGGAGUACCAGUACUCGGACCCCGUGACUGCCUUCCUUAAGGACCUCUUUGUCGACUUUGACUUUGACCGGGCUCAGAACCGUCUCAAGGUCGCCGACCAGGUUGUUCGCUCGGACUUCUUCCUGUCCGGCUACGCCGACGACUUUGUCGAGAACGCGCGCUGGCUCGUGUCCGAGAUCUUCUGCCGCAUCCACCAGCGUAUCGACAUUAGCGAGCUGUCCAAGACGCUCAACCUGUCCAACGAGGAAGGUGAGAAGUGGAUUGUCAACCUCAUCCGUGACUCGCGCAUGGGCGUCGACGCCAAGAUCGACCUCAAGAGCAACAUGCUCCACAUCAGCCGGCCGCACACGACGCCGACUGCCACUCUCAUUGAGACGACGCGCGGGCUGGCGUUCCGGUCGCAGGCGAUCCAGUACGCGAUGGCAAACACGUCGUCCGAGCAGCGCUCGGGCGAGCGUGGUGAGCGCGGCGGACGCACUGGCGGCCGUGGACGUGGCGGAAGGACGGGUGGGCAGUCGCGUCCUGGGACAACUGAGAAGGCGCAGGAGGGUGAGGCUGCGGCCUAG